AUGGCAUCCAUGGGGAUGCAGCUGCUGGCCAGUGCCCUGUGCCUCGUGGGUUGGGCAGGAGUCAUCAUCAUCUGCAUUCUGCCCAUGUGGAGGGUGACGGCCUUCGUGGGCAGCACAAUCGUGACCUCGCAGACCAUCUGGGAGGGCAUCUGGAUGACAUGUGUGGCUCAGAGCACGGGGCAGAUCCAGUGCAAGCCUUACGACUCUCUCCUCGCGCUGAGCUCCGACCUGCAGGCCGCCAGGGCCCUCACCGUGCUUGCCAUCGCCACGGGAAGCGUGGGUCUCAUUUUGGCGUUCGUUGGAGGCAAAUGCACUCGUUUCUUGGACGAAGAGGGCGGCGGGACGAAGGGCAAAGUGGCGGUGGCAGCAGGAGCUGUGCUGAUAGCCACGGGGCUGCUCUGUUUGAUCCCCACUUCUUGGACGGCUGGAGCGGUAGUGAGGAAGUUCUACAGCGCCUCCAUAGACGUUCAGCGGAGGGAGCUUGGAGCCUGCCUUUACCUUGGUUGGGGGGCGGCCAUCUUGCUCGUUCUGGGGGGCGGUCUGUUCAUCAGCUCCGCGUGCCCAAUCAAGGCCCACAACACUGACGCCAGUCCCUCCGUUCGCUACCUGGCGGUCCGCUCCUCCAAUGGAAGCAGCCAAGCAGGCUCCCACCGCAGCAGGGUACCCUCUGCAAUGUCCCAGCCCGGCAGAGUCGUGUCCCCCAGACCUCAGAGCUCAGAAAAAGCGUUCACAAAGUCUCAGCUGAGUACAAGGCCGCCUUGGGAAGUUGGGCCUGAGCAGGAGCAGGACUUGAAAGUGGAGUCAGAAAGAUCAUGGGCACCGUCAACAAAGUCCCAAAUGAAUAGACCAGUGUCAACUAGAUCCGACUACAGUGAGUCGCCAUCAACAAAGUCACAACUAAAAGAAGCGACAAUGGAAGAGACUUUUUCAGACAGGAGUGAGAAUGAAGAUCCAUCUUUAAACCCAACGAAAACAUACCUGUAA